GCCUGGAGGAGGAGGAGGAGGAGGAGGGGGUUAGAGGCCGCCCCUGCCUCCACCAGUGACAUGAAAUCUGAGGUCAACUAUUCCAUGACCUAUUCCAGCAUUACUGACCCUACUACUGGUGGGUGAUGGAACAAGCAGUGUGGUGAUCCUGGCAGGGGAGAUGCUGGCGGUGGCUGAGCAGUACCUGGAGCAGAACAUGCAUCCGCUUAUCAUCAUUCAGGGGUACAGACAGGCCCUCGACCAUGCUCUGGAGGCCCUUAAAGACACCCUCAGAUCCUGGGAGGAGCCAUUGAAGAGAGCUGUGUGCUGGACGGGAUCAUGAUAAAGAAGGAUGUGUUGCAUGCAAAGAUGAGCAGGAAAGUAGACAAUCCUCGUAUCAUUCUCCUUGACUGCCCGCUGGAGUACAAGAAGGGCGAGAGCCAGACUUCGGUGGAAAUGACUGCUGAGACGGACUUUACGAGGCUCCUACAAAUCGAGGAGGAGCACGUCAAGGAACUCUGCGCUGACAUCCUGGCCCUGCGACCCGACGUGGUCAUCACAGAGAAAGGCGUAAGUGACCUGGCCCAGCACUACCUGGUAAAAGCUGGCGUGACCUGCCUCCGUCGCGUCAAGAAGAGCGACAACAACAGGUUGGCAAGGGCUUGUGGGGCAACCAUCUGUAAUCACACUGAGAAGCUGAAGGAGUCCGAUGUUGGCACGCAGGGCCUCUCCCAGUGUAUCCCAGCCUCUCCCAGUGCAUCCCAGCCUCUCCCAUUCCACCCCAGCCUCCCCCAGUGCAUCCCAGCCUUUCUCAGUCCACUCCAGCCUCUCCCAGUGCAUCCCAGCCUCUCCCAGUGCAUCCCAGCCUCUCCCAGUGCAUCCCAGCCUCUCUCAGUCCACUUCAGCCUUUCCCAGUGCAUCCCAGCCUCUCCCAGUGCAUCCCAGCCUCUCCCAGUGCAUCCCAGCCUCUCCCAGUGCAUCCCAGCCUCUCCCAGUGCAUCCCAGCCUCUCCCAGUCCACCCCAGCCUCUCCCAGUCCACCCCAGCCUCUCCCAGUCCACCCCAGCCUCUCCAAGUGCUUCCCAGCCUAUCCCAGUCCACCCCAGCCUCUCCCAGUCCACCCCAGCCUCUCUCAGUCCACUCCAGCCUCUCCCAGUGCAUCCCAGCCUCGUCCAGUGCAUCCCAGCCUCUCCCAGUGCAUCCCAGCCUCUCCCAGUGCAUCCCAACCUCUCCCAGUGGAUCCCAGCCUCUCUCAGUCCACUCCAGCCUCUCCCAGUGCAUCACAGCCUCUCCCAGUGCAUCCCAGCCUCUCCCAGUGCAUCUGAAACAUUUAUUCCCUGUAAAAACACUUUGUAAAUUAUUGUAAAUUAUUAUUAUAGAAACAGCUUUAAAAUAGCCUAAAUUUUAAAUAAAUUAAGUAAAACACUCUCUCUCUCUCUCUCUCUCUCUCUCUCUCUCUCUCUCUCUCUCUCUCUCUCUCUCUCUCUCUCUCU